CUGACUAUGGAAAUCACAACACUCUUCUGUGUUGUCCUUUUGCAUUGGUUAACAACGAUCACCAAUUCAAACUCCUUGUAUCCAUUUUUAUAUUUUAGCGAAGAAGAUAUCCCUCGAAUGAGACGACAAGCAGAGACAACRCACAGUCACAUCGCCGGCAAACUUCACAGAGUUGCUCACAUAAUCAUCAGCAUGCACGAGGAGUUACCACCGUCAGACUGGAAAACCUUCUCUUCAAGAUGGAACGAAAAUUACGGCAAUAAUUUAUGCGGUCUGGCAAUGUAUUGUGUGUUAAAUGAUCAGGACAUUAGAAUAAGAAAGUUAGUGUUUAAGGCAAUGGAUGUUUUCACUAGUCUGCCAAACUGGAGGGUCAGUGCAUCAAUGCGUGACGAUGUACCAGUAGCGCAUUCUCUAAAUGGCAUGGCAACGGCCUUUGACUUUCUGUAUCCUCACAUGGACGAACAUCAACGAGACAAAUACUUAACAAAGAUAGCAAAUGUUACAUYAGAAUUAUAUCGUAAGACUACAUUGCGUAAACGUGCAGUUUGGUGGUCUCACUCUGUGAUACAGAAUCACGUCGCUACGAACUACGCGGCGAUGUUAACAGGAGCACUUGUCUUGUCUAGACAUCCUAGAUACGCCAAAAUUGCGCAGCGUUGGGCAUGGAAAGCGCAUCAAAUGCUUUCCAAAACACUGCAUGUGUUACAGUAUGUGGUGGAUGGGUCGAUGGACGAAGGAGUAUCUUAUGGAUCAUACACGACUCGAUCCCUCACCCAGUACAUCUUCCUAGCGAAAAGACACUACAAAACUGACUUGACCAAGAAUAUCUGGCUACAAGAGCACUUUUGGUUUAUGUAUUACACAACGAUGCAUAACUUUAACCAAACCAUCGGCAUCGCUGAUUCUGGGCGUCGAUGGUAUUACGGACCUGAAAGCCAGCUCUACUUUCUUGAUUCAUUUGUAUUGAAAAAUGGCUACGCGAAUUGGCUUGCGCAUAAAGUCCAGUUGUCUAGUUUKAAUGUUUCAGGAWACCAACGACACGAYAGAGUCAUGUCAGUCAUUCAUACCGAGUUUAUAUUUUAUAAUGCAAGCAUUUUACCUAAACCUCCUCCAGAUUACUACAAAGAGCAACUGCAUACCUUCAUUGACUGGGGAGUAUCUGUCUAUAGGAGUGGUAUGGCUACAAGCGGAAAUAAUAACCAAUCUGUUUAUUUAUCAUUCAAGUGUGGUGUUCUUCAUGGAGAAGCAGUCAACCAAAUGGCUCUAAACAAACGAAUGGCAUUACCUUCCAUCAAAGGUCGGAAGGGUUUCAACCCUGGGCACGAACAAGUCGAUCAAGGGUCGUUCGUUUUCGCGCCUUUUGGCAUUCCUUUUAUUACAGACACGUACUAUGGACCGAAAUACACGUGGCUCAAUGAUGCUAUUYUAUUUGGUCCCUCUUYUAACUCGCCUUGUUCCGCGCCUCUAGAAGGACAAAUUGGUGAAUGCCAGAAGUGGUUUGAUUUCAACAACAUUGCUGCUUGGAAAGCACGUGGUAAGAUUGUUACAUCCACCACCGAGAAGGGACUGGUGCUGAUGUGCGGUGAAAUGGCAACGUGGUACCGAAAAGAACUGGGCCUUGCAAGCGUUUAUCGAUGUCUUGUGUUACUWUCGCCAGGCGUUCUUCUUGUACUCGACCAUGUAGAAARGAAAAAUGAUAGCAARGUCGWUYAUAUGAAUUCUUUUUUCCACAACGCUAAUAAUGACACAUUUUUCACCAGGGAAUGUUGGGAAACAAACCACUACGUGUGCGCUGGGAUGUCAAUUUACGGAAGAGAGUAUCGAGCCGCAUGGGUAAAUUCACAUKGCACAAAAAGUGCUGUUCAGCUUGGAGGAAGACAUUUUAAUGUWAUACRUUCACUGAAAAAAGUUGACACCAGUUUUCUYAACAUCAGCACUCCCCUUUAUGGCAAGUACACUCGAGUUGCGUACAUCUUUUCGGGACCUGGGAACGAUGUUGUAUCACUGCGCAUUACCAGCGSACAGGACCAUGGGGUAUAUAUUUCUGCCGUCGUCAAUAACCUUAGAUACACCGUUGCCCUGGUAACUAAACAUGCCCUUCCCCUUGUGCGGUUUCGUUGGUUGGGUUAUGGUGGAUUUGGGAAAGUCAACAUCGAGGAAAAAUGCCGUAGAUGUGAUAUCAAAUACAUUCAACGUCAAGUCAUUCACUUUGGUGAAUUUAAUAAAACGCAAAGAAAAUCCACAAAGCGUAGACAGCGUUACCGGCCUAAAGACAACACAAAGUCUGUUUUCAUUCUCUUCAUUCCUGCUGCAGUUGCCUGUGCAAUGCUCUUCUUGUACUUCCAAUUGUUUCGAGUUGUAAAGUUUAGAUUUUCUAUCAAAUGCUUAGUCUUCGYACUUCUUCUUGUCUAUUGCGUUAUUUCGUUAGCCACGUUCUUGAAAGGUUGUAAACGUGGCUGGUGUGUUGUUCGRAAACCGACAGCGCGCCAUCAACGGGAACUCUAUGGAUUUGUAGGAGACACGAAUUACCAACAACCUCCUUUUGUAGUUUACACAUCCCUUCCCUUGGCUGGUUCAGAAUUGUUCAGCGAACUUUUUAAAAGUAAUAGUGAUUUCUUCCCUUUGGACUUGUCUACUGAGUCUUUCUUCCAUCAAUCUUCUUUUGCCAACGUUUCACGAAAAAGAAGAUCAAUCCAUUCGAAAGGAUUUUUAGAUUUUUGUCGUACUUUUCAAAGUCGUUAUUCUGACCAAGAAUACAAGAUAAUUUCUCAGUGGUUUCGAAAUUAUCUUAAUGAUCCAAUGAUAUUAGGUGCCACAUUCCCUCAAAAAUCAGUUAGUUCUCUUCCGUCUAUCAGUUUAAAAGAUCCUGGAUGGGCGCUAAGAUUUCAUUGGCUGCGCAGAGUCUUGGGCAUGCGCAUGAAAGCUAUGGUUAUUGUUCGAGAUCCACGAAGUUGGGUUAAUACUUGGCUUAAAGAGUUUAAAUCUAAACCUGCAUUAUUAAGAAAUACUCAAGAAUCAUUAAAUACGCUGAUUAAAAUGGGAUGUACUGAAGAACAAGGUGAGAAAUUCGCGCAAGAGAUUCAGAUCGUUUUAGAUGUCUUAGACUCUGUCGAUAAAGCAAGCCGCGAUGUACUGGCCACUAGRCUUUUGGCACAAUUAUGGGCUGGGCACACCAAUGCACUUUUGCGCAAGGUCAGAAUUGUUCCAAAAGAUCAGAUUAAAAUCUUUCGACUUGAAGACCUUGUGCUACGACCAAAGAAAACAGCACUGAGGGCUUACCAGUUUUUGUCCUUGUCCCUACCCCCCAUAGUUGAUGAUAGAAUCCAACUGGUUACUCGCACAGGACAUUUCAAGUUUGCACAUACUACUGAGAAAAUUGGGACAGACAUGGUUAACUCAUGGAGGAAAGGAUUAACGACGAAUCAAAUACGUGAAAUAGAAAGUAUUUGUUCAAUUGUAAUGUCCCAGCUUCACUACAAACCAAUGCAGUAGAAUUUUAAUAUCACAUGCUACGUAAAAAGUCCUCCUUCAGAGGCAAAAUGCAAAACAUUACAAUUUUCCUAUAUGUUUUCCAGUAACAGCCGGUAAGCUAUCUGGAUAUAUAGGCUACGCUUCUUUGUGUCGCGAAUCGACACUAUGGCAUUAAGACUGGAGCAUAAUUAUGAUUAAAAAAUUGUUGAGAACAAUUAAAUACAAAAUUGGACACACUUUAUGGCAAGUAUUUCCAAAUGGGAAUAAGAAAUUAAAAGACAUCGCGGAUUUGCGCAUGCAGAGGAAUAGUAUAUUAUACAAUUAGGAAAAUAUUUAAAUUCCAAAGAAAAUAAAUGAUAAUGAAUAACUUUGUCAAAUAUAAUUACAGAUAUUAGAUGUGUUUUCACACCCCGUUCAGUCGCCGUUUUUCAGGGUUUUUUCUGAUGACAGUGUUUCACUUUUUACUCCUCCAUCAAUGGAAAAUUGGAGGUAUAUUUACAAUAUUUAUGUAUAAGCGUCUAGAAAUAAAGAUCUUUCUUUAUAUAUUUACCAGUGUUUUUUUUAAUUCCAUUUCCCUUUUUUUGUUCCCUUCCAUCUAUUUCCAUAGAUAAUCGCGUUGCCUCAUGAUA